UGUCUACCCACGUCAGGUUAGUGUCUACCUACGUCAGGUUAGUGUCUACCCACGUCAGGUUAGUGUCUACCCACGUCAGGUUAGUGUCUACUCAUGUCAGGUUAGUGUCUACCUACGUCAGGUUAGUGUCUACCCACGUCAGGUUAGUGUCUACUCAUGUCAGGUUAGUGUCUACCCACGUUAGGUUAGUGUCUACUCAUGUCAGGUUAGUGUCUACCCACGUUAGGUUAGUGUCUACCCACGUUAGGUUAGUGUCUACCCACGUCAGGUUAGUGUCUACCUACGUCAGGUUAGUGUCUACCGACGUCAGGUUAGUGUCUACUCAUGUCAGGUUAGUGUCUACUCAUGUCAGGUUAGUGUCUACCCACGUCAGGUUAGUGUCUACCUACGUCAUGUUAGUGUCUACCCACGUCAGGUUAGUGUCUACUCACGUCAGGUUAGUGUCUACUCACGUCAGGUUAGUGUCUGUCCACGUCAGGUUAGUGUCUGCCCACAUCAGGUUAGUGUCUACCUACGUCAGGUUAGUGUCUACCUACGUCAGGUUAAUGUCUACCCACGUCAGGUUAGUGUCUACCUACGUCAGGUUAGUGUUUACCUACGUCAGGUUAGUGUCUACCCACGUCAGGUUAGUGUCUACUCAUGUCAGGUUAGUGUCUACCCACGUUAGGUUAGUGUCUACUCAUGUCAGGUUAGUGUCUACCCACGUUAGGUUAGUGUCUACCCACGUUAGGUUAGUGUCUACCCACGUCAGGUUAGUGUCUACCUACGUCAGGUUAGUGUCUACCCACGUCAGGUUAGUGUCUACUCAUGUCAGGUUAGUGUCUACUCAUGUCAGGUUAGUGUCUACUCAUGUCAGGUUAGUGUCUACCCAAGUCAGGUUAGUGUCUACCCAAGUCAGGUUAGUGUCUACUCAUGUCAGGUUAGUGCCUACCCACGUUAGGUUAGUGUCUACUCAUGUCAGGUUAGUGUCUACCCACGUUAGGUUAGUGUCUACCCACGUUAGGUUAGUGUCUACCCACGUCAGGUUAGUGUCUACCUACGUCAGGUUAGUGUCUACCCACGUCAGGUUAGUGUCUACUCAUGUCAGGUUAGUGUCUACUCAUGUCAGGUUAGUGUCUACCCACGUCAGGUUAGUGUCUACCUACGUCAUGUUAGUGUCUACCUACGUCAGGUUAAUGUCUACCCACGUCAGGUUAGUGUCUAACCACGUCAGGUUAGUGUCUACCUACGUCAGGUUAGUGUCUACCCAUGUCAGGUUAGUGUCUACCCACGUCAGGUUAGUGUCUACCCACGUCAGGUUAGUGUCUACCCAUGUCAGGUUAGUGUCUACCUACGUCAGGUUAGUGUCUACCCAUGUCAGGUUAGUGUCUACCCAUGUCAGGUUAGUGUCUACCCAUGUCAGGUUAGUGUCUACCCACGUCAGGUUAGUGUCUACCCACGUCAGAUUAGUGUCUACCUACGUCAGGUUAGUGUCUACCCACGUCAGAUUAGUGUCUACCCAUGUCAGGUUAGUGUCUACCCACGUCAGGUUAGUGUCUACCCACGUCAGGUUAGUGUCUACCCACGUCAGGUUAGUGUCUACCCACGUCAGGUUAGUGUCUGCCCACGUCAGGUUAGUGUCUACCCACGUCAGGUUAGUGUCUACCUACGGGGGUUGA